AUGUUAACGGUUAUUACUCAAAAUAUAUCAGUACAGGUGUACCUCAACUUUUCACUCUCAACUCAUAUAUGCAUCUAUAAAAAGAUUUUUGGAACUCAAAACAGAACCGUAAACACACAAACUAUUACACUAUUAGGUCUCAAAGCGGAACUUCUUAAGAAACAGGAAGAGGUUAUAGAAAAGAAACAACUACCACAGCAUAAAGUAGAAAAUUUUAAACCUUCGAAAACUGAAAAGAAAACAGAUGACAGUCAACAGAGUCAUAAAACUUUCAAAGAUAACCUUAAAGCUGUUGACACAGAUGAAUUAGAGGCUAUUAGAAAAUCUAAGUUAGCAUUAGAGAAGAAAGCAGAAUUAUAUGAACAUUUAUCUGAUAAAAGAGGAAAUUCUCAGCUUGCUGAAAGGUUUCUCGUUGAUUUUAAUGGCAAGAAACAAGCUGAAUCCAAGGAAACAGAGCAACAGAGUGAUGUCAAAACAGAACCAGUUAACAAUGUUGUUGAAGACGACAGUGAAUGGAUUGAAUUUACUGAUUGUCUGGGACGAUCACGUAAAUGUCACAAGUCAGAGCUGGAGUUAUUUAAGAAGAGAGACAGGGAGUUGAUGAAGGCUAUCACAAACUCUGAUGACAAUGAAAUAGUUGAGGAAAUAAAGCAGCCAGAAAAUCCAUAUUUAGUACAGAAAACAAACGAUUACUUACAAACGUUGCGCGACAAAUGGGAUGAACAAGAAAGAGAGUUACUUGCGAAAGACAAAGAUAUACAUUAUCAAGAUUUGUUAUUCGAUGAGGCAAGAAUCCAUGGUGUCGGUUACUAUUCCUUCUCGACGGAUGAAACAACACGUCAGAAGCAAAUGCAAGAAUUACUGAAACAAAGACAGGAAACGUUGCGCGCACAGAAGGAAGCAGAAGAGAAGAAGAAGAAACGCGAUGAACUGCUGGCAGCGAGGGUGGCGGCUGCUAGAGCCAGACAGCGAGCCAGAGCUGGUCUUCCUCCUGAGGAACCGAAGAAGAAUGAAAAAGAUUUUACAACGUGUCUAUUGGAAUUUUUGACGCAACAAAGGAACGAAGCGGAGAAUAAAGCUAAAGAAGAAGAGAAGAAGAUUAGAGAGGAACAAGAGAAGGAGAGACAGAAGUUGAGAGAAGCUUAUGUACGCGAAUGGGAUAUUGGUAAAGAGGGUGUUGAUGGAAAAGUCAAGAAAUUCAGAGAACUAACACAAGAAGAAUACGUUGAACAACAAAGAGCUAAAAGGAUAAAAGAAUUUGCACCAAUACCUCAAACUUCAACAACAGCAAGUCAAGAGUUUGACGACGAAGGAAAUAUUGUAAAUGAGAAAAAAACAUGGUCAGAUGUUCGAACAAAAACACCUCCUCCACCAAUUAUAGGACCCAUUGAUGAAGUACCCAAAGGUCUAUUUUUUACAACUAAAAAAGAUUUAAAAUAUAAAAAUUUCGUACCAGCAUCUACUCCUAUAAUAAAUGAAUUAGAUGAUGAAGAAAGACCAGAAAAGAGAAGGAAUGAUGGUACAGAAAUAGCACCACCCCCGACUUAUGAUUAUUACGGACCAGUUCCAAAGCAAGCUAAGGGAAGGAAACCAUUUGAUUCGGAUUUAAACGAAGCCUUUACUCAAGGCGCUAGAAGUUUAGAAACUAAAAAAAUUGAUCGAAAAUUACUUCAACAUUAUGAUUUUACUUUCGAUUAAAUCUAGAUAUAAAUUAUUUUAAUGUAUAAUAUAAUUUAAUGUAAAUAAAGAACUAUUAUAGAAAUGCAUUGUUUUCAAAUAUAUAAUAUGAAUACCUAAAAAAUGUAUUAAUAUAGAAUUGAUUUCUAAUUUAAGAAAACAAGGAUAAGCAAAUCAA